AAGAGGUUCAAGCCGACACAUUCCUCUGCAGUUUACUACUGAAGCUACAUUUUGAAUGAUGGAUUGUUCAGAGGAGGUUCAGGCUGUGUCUGAGGAGCCCACAGCUCAAAUGGAGCUAAAAAAGGGAAUGUCGAUUUUCAUUGAUAUUUUACGGAGAGCUGAUAAAAAUGAUGAUGGAAAGCUUUCCUUUGAUGAAUUCAAAGCCUACUUCUCUGAUGGAGUCUUGACAGCUGAGGAAUUGAAGGAGCUUUUCCACACGAUUGACACUCACAACACAGACAAUGUGGACACCGAUGAACUCUGUGAGUAUUUCUCCAAGCACCUCUGUGAAUAUGAGAAUGUUCUCGCUGCCUUAGAAGACCUGAAUAUGUCCAUACUGAAGGCCAUGGAUAAAACAAAGAAGGAGUAUCAGGAGUCCACCCACCUUGAGCAGUUUGUGACCCGCUUCCUGCUGAAGGAGACAACCAAUCAGCUUCAUUCACUUCAAAGCUCUCUUGAGUGUGCCAUGGAAACCACAGCCGAGCAGACUCGCCAGGAGAAACAGGGCCCCCUGAAGCCAGAGGUUUUGUCCAUCCAGUGGUCGGGUCGUCGCUCCAAUCGGAGGCUUCAGAGGAACAGCAGCCUCUCUCCCAACAACCCUCUCCUCAGUCUCGUCAAUUCAAGUGUUUAUGAAGAAGACAGCCAGUGGAUGAUCCAAGUCAACAGACUGCAGAGGCUUAUCGACCGUCUCGAAAAGAAGGAGAUUCGCCUCGAGCCUGUUGAAGAGGAGGUCUUGGAGAGCAAAUCGCACAUCCUGAUAGUCCAGAGGCAGCUCUCGGUGCUGGAGGAGGAGCUGGAGGAGUUUCGUUCGGCUCUCAGACAGUACAUGGAGUGUGCCUGCGCCCAGACUGGAUGUCUACACAUCGCAGUUCAGCGGCUUGCAAAUGAAUCACGCUUCAUUCUCUAUGAAUUCUGGGAGCACAACAACGUGUGGAAGAAUCACCUGCAGACCAACUACAGUAAGACCUUCCAGAGGGGGAACGUGGACUUCCUGGAAACUCCUGAGAGCUUAAGCACCAUGUUGGUUCCUGCGUCAUGGUGGGUCCUUAACAACAACAACUGAAAAUAGACGAGCACCUUUCACAGAUCUGCACUGAUGGGAACAACCUGUCGACCCAUCAGGAAGUCCAGCACACACACACGCACACACACACACUAACACGCACACACACACGCACGCGCACACGCACACUCACACUCACACUCACACGCACACGCACACUCACACUCACACACA